AUGCGAGAUCGAGUGAAGCAGGACAACAACGGUAGUGUGAAGUAUAGUGAAGCGAGCGAAUAUACUCGAAAUGAAGACAGCGGAAGUGAAGAAGUCAAAAAAUUUGGGAUCAGCAAUGCCCAGGAAGGCUUUGAUGGUACGCUCAAGUCAACUCGGAAAGUGAACGAGACAAAAGAGACUUACAGUUCAGCGGAUGGACAAGGGUUGGAUGAUUCUAUGCCCCGAGUCGUGAUGAACAUUACGCCAGUAGUAGCGACAGCCAUCUAG